GCAGACCGCCCCCCACCACGUUCCCGUUUCCAUUUCGAGGAAACCCACACUACUUGCUCCUCCCGCCGGCCGCCGGAACCCUAGCUGUUCCGCCUCCCGCCGCGGCCCCACGACCGCUCCGGCGAUGGGGAGCACGGACCUGGUGCUCAAGGCGGCGUGCGAGGGCUGCGGCUCGCCGUCGGACCUCUACGGCACCUCCUGCAAGCACACCACGCUCUGCAGCUCCUGCGGCAAAUCCAUGGCGCUCUCCCGCGCCCGCUGCCUCGUCUGCGCGGCCCCUAUCACCAACCUCAUCAGGGAAUAUAAUGUACGGGCCAAUGCUACCACUGAUAAGAGCUUCUCUAUUGGAAGAUUUGUGACAGGUUUACCCCCUUUCUCAAAGAAGAAGAGUGCUGAAAACAAAUGGUCUCUUCAUAAGGAGGGCUUGCAAGGUCGCCAGCUUACUGAGAAUAUGCGGGAGAAGUACAAUAGAAAGCCAUGGAUUUUGGAAGAUGAAACUGGGCAAUAUCAGUAUCAAGGUCAAAUGGAGGGAUCACAGUCAUCAACAGCUACAUACUAUUUGUUGAUGAUGCAUGGCAAAGAAUUUCAUGCAUAUCCUGCUGGUUCUUGGUUUAACUUCAGUAAAAUUGCACAGUACAAACAACUUACGCUGGAAGAGGCUGAAGAGAAGAUGAACAAGAGAAAAACCAGUGCAACUGGUUAUGAGCGUUGGAUGAUGAAAGCAGCUACGAAUGGGCCGGCUGCCUUUGGUUCAGACAUGAAGAAACUUGAACCUACAAAUGGCACGGAAAAAGAAAAUGCUCGUCCCAAGAAAGGGAAAAACAAUGAGGAGGGUAACAAUUCGGAUAAAGGCGAGGAGGAUGAAGAAGACGAAGCUGCACGCAAAAACAGGCUUGGGCUCAACAAAAAGAGUAUGGAUGAUGAUGAGGAAGGUGGAAAAGAUCUAGACUUCGAUUUGGAUGAUGAAAUUGAAAAAGGUGAUGACUGGGAGCACGAAGAAACAUUCACUGACGAUGAUGAGGCUGUGGAUAUAGACCCAGAGGAGCGGGCAGAUUUAGCUCCUGAGAUUCCUGCUCCUCCCGAAAUUAAGCAGGAUGAUGAAGAGAAUGAAGAAGAAGGUGGUCUAAGCAAGUCUGGCAAGGAGUUGAAAAAGCUCCUUGGGAAAGCUGCUGGACUGAAUGAGUCAGAUGCCGAGGAGGAUGACGAAGACGAUGAUCAAGAGGAUGAGUCAUCUCCAGUGCUUGCUCCAAAACAGAAAGAUCAAACCAAAGAUGAACCUGUAGAUAACAGCCCAGCUAAACCUACACCAUCAGGACAUGCUCGUGGCACACCUCCUGCAUCCAAAUCUAAGCAAAAGAGGAAAUCGGGUGGUGAUGAUACAAAAGCAACUGGCGGUGCAGCUUCCAAAAAAGCAAAGGUGGAAUCUGAUACAAAAACAUCAGCUGCCAAAGAUGAGACACCAUCUUCCUCAAAACCUGCAUCAAAGGCCACUGCUGCAUCUAAAACUGCCGCAAAUGUAUCUCCUGUCACAGAGGAUGAAAUCAGGACUGUUCUUCUUGCUGUUGCUCCUGUCACUACACAAGAUUUGGUAUCUAGAUUUAAGUCUAGACUACGAGGCCCAGAGGACAAGAAUGCUUUUGCUGAAAUUCUGAAGAAAAUCUCGAAGAUUCAGAAGACUAAUGGCCAUAAUUAUGUCGUCCUUAGAGAUGACAAGAAGUGAAGAGCAAAACUUAAGUGGUGCUUUCUUAAAAUGCAACUUUUGCUUUUCUGUGUCUUUUGACAUAAAAUGUUUGUAAGUAUGCUGGAAGAAUUUGGUCUUCCAACCUAAAAUAGAGAUUUACAGUUGAUGUAUAAGCGCUUCUAAAAUAUAGUGAUUUACCCUCCGGUAUGUAGUCCUCUUUGAUCGGACAUGUUCAUAGUUUAUCACUGGAUUAAGAAAAUGUGGAUCAGACUGGGGCCCGGUAUGGUCCAAUAUAUGUCAAAAA